AUGGGCUGUUCGAUCGGCGCCAACUUAACCCAGGUCUCUAUAACCACAAAAACAGAUUCUCAUCCGCAAGAUAGGGGAGUUCACCAACAGAGAAGCUUAGAGUGUUUCGAGAUUAUAUGGCUCGAUGCGCAUAUUGAUAAGAAAACAAAUGACAAUUCAAACACACUAACUCAAUUACGGCGUGUGGUUAAUAACAAUUUGAAAACAUUUGAUAAUCCUGAUCAAUGUUCUAAUUACAUAUCAUCGAUCCAAAACCAAAAAAUCUUUCUAAUUGUAAGUGGUGCAGUUGGUCAAAUUGUCGUUCCUCAAGUUCAUGCACUAACACAAAUUGAACUAAUUUAUGUAUUUUGUUUUGAUAAAGCGAAACAUGAAAAAUGGACAAAUAAAUACAAGAAAAUAGUUGGUGCAUUUUCUGAUAUCGAUUCAAUUUGUGAUAAAUUAGGUGAAGAUGUGAAUUCAUGUACGAAUGACUUAUUGCCAUUUAGUGCUAUCAGUUCAGCAGAAGAAAUAAAUAAACAAGAUCCAUCAUUUAUGUGGUUUCAACUUUUAGUCGAUAUAUUGUUGAACAUGAAACAUACAGAUGAUACAAAACAAGAAAUGAUCGAUCUAUGUCAAGAACGAUAUAAAGACAAUGAAGAACAAUUAGAAUAUAUUCGAGAAUUCCAAACAUAUGCCCCUGGUAAAGCAAUCUGGUGGUAUACACGUAACUGCUUUUUAUAUGGAAUGUUAAAUAAUGCACUACGAACAUUAGACAUCGGUACUCUAUUCAAACUAAGAUUUUUCAUAACUGAUCUUCAUGAUCAAUUAAAGCAAUUCCAUUCGGAAUUUAUUCAUUCAACAUCUAUAAAAGUAAUGACUGUUUAUAGAGGACAAGGUAUGUCUCUUGAGGAACUGAAGAAAUGUACAACAGGCGGUCUCUUAUCAAUGCAUCAUUUUAUGUCGACAAGUACAGAAAAGAAGCAAGCACUUGUAUUUGUCGACCAAGCGCUAUCAAAAAGUCCUGCCAAUCAGGGAAUUCUGUUUGAAAUGAAGGUUGAUGUUAAAACCUGUCAUAAACCAUUUCAUAAUAUUCAAAAUCUGAGCUUUUAUCCAAGUGAAAACGAAGUUCUCUUUUCAAUGGGUACAGUAUUUCGCAUUCACUCAAUUCAACAAACAGGUAGUAGAAGUUGGAGUAUUGGUCUAAAACUAGUUGCCGAAGGAGAUCAGCAACUGCAAACCCUGAGGAAUCAUAUGAGAAAGGAUAUAGGAGAAGGAAGUGAUUUAUUUGCAUUAGGAGCUUUGAUGUUAAACAUGGGACACUACGACAAAGCACAAGAGUACAAUGAACUAUUCUUGAAAUCAUUACCUGAAAAUCAUCCUUCGAUUGCAACAACAUACAACAACAUAUGUGGUGUGCAUUUUCAUCAAGGCAAUUAUGUUGAAGCAUUGAAUUGUUAUAAAAACACACUUGAAAUUCAAUUGAAAUCAUUACCUAAAAAUCAUCCUUCAAUUGCAACAACAUACAACAACAUGGGAUUAGUUUAUUCGAAUCAAGGCAAUUAUGUAGAAGGAUUGAACUAUUAUAGAAAGACACUUGAAAUUCAAUUGGAAUCGUUACCUGAAAAUCAUCCUUCGAUUGCAACAACAUACAACAACAUGGGAUUAGUUUAUUCGAAUCAGGGCAAUUAUGUUGAAGCAUUGAACUAUUGUAAAAAGACACUUGAAAUUCGAUUGAAAUCAUUACCUGAAUAUCAUCCAGAUAUUGCUGUAGCAUUUUGGAGCAUCGGUAGCCUUUACAGUGAGCAAGGAAAUCACAAAGAAGCUCUGGAACAAUUGGGGAAAGCAUUGCAGAUAGCAUUGAAGUCAUUACCAUCUAACCACCAUUAUGUUAUUGGAAUUCGAAAUUCGAUCAAAUUAGUCGAACAGCAUUCUUGA